GAGUUCUCCAGCCAGACAGGGCCACUGGCUUGUCUCUGUAGAUGGUCAGAGCUCUGCUCAGGUGCAGCUGCAAAGAGGAAUGUGUUCUGCUAAGAUCUUAGCACUGCUUGCUGGCUAAUGCUCUAAUGGUUCAACUUUGCCAGAAGACAGAUACUUAAUGAUUAGCCCUGCACACUGACCAGCUCAGAAUAAGGAGCCAGACCAUCUGUGACUCCCAGCCCUGCCUUCCUGCUUCUCUGGACUAAUGAUUCCAUAACGGUGGCUUCAUAAUGACUAUGACUGAAGCAGUGUUAUACAUAAGGAUCAUGCUCCUGCUACACUGGCUUGGGGUGUUUCUGUCCUUUUCUGGACAUACCCGGACUGAGCACUCCCAAUAUCACAGUCCUCCAGAAGUGGUGAUUCCCUUGAGGGUAACAGGCACUGGCCUCAGCAUGAAGCUUCCAGGCUGGCUCUCUUACGGUCUACAUUUUGGGGGUGAGAGACAUAUUAUCCACAUAAAGGUCAAGAAGCAUUUGUUGUCCAGACACCUGCCAGUGUUCACCUACUCGGACCAGGGCGCUCUCCUUGAGGACCAGCCUUUUGUUCAGAAUGACUGCUACUAUCAUGGUUAUGUGGAAGGGGACCCAGAAUCCCUGGUUGCCCUCAGUACCUGUUUUGGGGGCUUUCGAGGAUUGUUACAGAUAAAUAACAUUGCUUACGAAAUUAAACCCAUGAUUUUUUCUACCAAAUUUGAACAUCUAGUAUAUAAAAUGGAUAGCAAGGAGACUCAAUACCCAACCAUGAAAUCUGACUUUAUGGAAGAAGAAAUUGUAAGCCAAUUUGAGUUUCAAGAGAUUGGUAAUUCUACUCUGAAGCAAAGUUCUUAUGAGGGCUGGUGGGUCCAUAGGUUCUAUAUUGAAAUAGCAGUGGUGAUUGACCAUACUCUCUAUCUUCAUUGUGGAAAAAAUAUCUCAAGGUUGCAGGAAGACCUAUAUGUUAUUGUAAACAUAGCGGACUCCAUUUAUGAGGUGAUGGAUCUUAAAGUGUUAUUGUUUGGUAUGGAGGUGUGGACUCAAACAAACCACAUUGAAGUAGAUGAUGUAAAGAGAUCUCUGAGACUGUUUUGCGUUUGGAAAGCUAACAAUCUUAUUUCCCGCCUGCCACAUGAUACUGCACAUCUUUUUAUACACAGGACAUUAAGAGGAUUAAGUGGUAUAGGUAUGGUUAAAGGAAUGUGUAGAUCGCUCUUUGGUUGUGGAAUUGUUACUUUUGUAAACAAACCCGUGACCAUUAUUGGAAUUGCAUUUGCUCAUCAUAUAGGUCACAAUUUGGGUAUGACUCAUGACAGCGCACUGUGUAAAUGUGGACAUAUUAAAUGUAUAAUGCAUCAUGAUAACCCACCAAUAACUAAAUUUAGCAAUUGUAGUUAUUCCUAUUUUUGGGACUAUUCAAUAAUUAAGGCAAAAUGUUUGCGCUACACUAUACAUGCAAAGGACAUAUUUAGACGGCAGCGCUGUGGGAAUGGUGUUGUUGAAGAAGAUGAGGAGUGUGAUUGUGGACCUUUACAGCAUUGUGCAAAAGAUGCCUGUUGUCUGUCAAACUGCACUCUGAGUUUUGGAUCUAAUUGUGCUUUUGGGCACUGUUGCAAGGACUGCAACUUCUUACCAUCAGGGGAAGUGUGUAGAAAGGAGGUCAAUGAAUGUGAUCUUCCAGAGUGGUGCAAUGGAACAUCCCAUAUGUGCCCAGAUGAUGUGUAUGUGGAAGAUGGAAUUCCCUGUAAUGACAGUGCCUACUGCUAUGAAAAGAGAUGCAAUGACCGCACUGCACAAUGUAGGCAGAUUUUUGGCCAAAAGGCAAAGAAUGCAAAUCACAGUUGCUACAAACAAAUAAACACUCUAGGUGACCGUUUUGGUCACUGUGGUACCCAAAACUUUUCAUAUUUAAAAUGUAAUAUCUCAGAUAUCUUGUGCGGGAGGGUUCAGUGUGAGAACGUGACUGAAAUUCCCCUUCUGAGAGAUCAUUCUACUGUGCAUUGGACUUACUACAAUGGCAUCAACUGCUGGAGUACUGACUACCACAUUGGGAUGACCAUACCUGACAUUGGUGAAGUGAAAGAUGGCACAGAGUGUGGUGCCGAACAUCUCUGCAUCCACAAGAAGUGUGUCCAUAUAUCUGUCUUGGAUAGUAAUUGUUCACCUACGUUCUGUAACAGAAGGGGAAUUUGCAACAAUAAACAUCACUGUCAUUGCAACUAUAUGUGGGACCCUCCCAACUGCUUAAUCAAAGGCCAUGGAGGUAGUGUUGACAGUGGUCCACCCCCUAGGAGAAAAAAGAUAAGCAGGAUUUAUCUGUUAAUAUUUUCACUUCUUUGGUUGUUAAUUUUACUAUGUUGUCUUUGUUUUCUUUGUAUGAAAAGAAGACCUAAGGAAAAAGAGCAAAAAGUUGAGCCUCAACCUCAAAUGUUGGUUGAGACACAACAAUCAAAAGAAAAACAAAAGAUUCCAAGUCAGCAAGAGAAAGCCGUACAAAAUAUUCCGAUUCAACAAGAGAUACCUUCACAAAAUAUUCCGAUUCAACAAGAGAAAGCCAUACAAAAUAUUCCGAUUCAACAAGAGAAAGCCGUACAAAAUAUUCCAAUUCAACAAGGAAUAUCCUCACAAAAUAUUCCGAUUCAACAAGGAAAAUCCUCACAAAAUAUUCCGAUUCAACAAGGGAAAUCCUCACAAAAUAUUCCAAUUCAACAAGGAAAAUCCUCACAAAAUAUUCCUGUCCGACAAAGGAAAUCCUCACAAAAUAUUCCCGUCCGACAAGGGAAAUCCUCACAACGUAUUCCUGUCCAACAAGGGAAAUCUUCACAAAAUAUUCCCGUCCAACAAGGGAAAUCCUCACAAAAUAUUCCCGUCCAACAAGCGAAAUCCUCACAAAAUAUUCCCGUCCAACAAGGGAAAUCCUCACAAAAUAUUCCCAUUCAACAAAGGAAAUCCUCACAAAAUGUUCUGCCUCCAUCUGCAAAACAAGGACAAAAAUUUUAGUCAACCUAAAAUGUCAUUUUC